AUGGCAACCGCAUAUCCCUUUCCAGACAACGUCCAUGUCUCGAGCUCAGUCACGCUCAAACUCAAUGACAACAACUACCUCUUGUGGAAGACGCAGUUCGAGUCUCUCCUUUCCAGUCAGAAACUUAUCGGGUUCGUCAACGGAGCUGUCUCGGUCCCAGCUCAGACCCGUCGUGUCACCAACGGUGAUGUCACCACCGAAGUCCGGUCUUGGUUAUUUGGAACUCUAUCCGAAGAGGUUCUUGGUCAUGUUCACAGUCUUGAAACCUCUCAUCAAAUCUGGGUCUCGCUUGCUGAAAACUUCAACAAAAGCAGCGUGGCCAGAGAGUUUUCUCUCCGUCGCAACCUGCAACUCGUUUCCAAGAAGGGUAAAACUUUCUCUGCUAGAGAAUUCAAGACCAUUUGCGACUCUCUCAGCUCCAUUCGGAAGCCUGUAGAUGAAUCUAUGAAGAUCUUUGGCUUUCUCAAUGGACUGGGAAGGGAGUACGACCCCAUUGCUACGGUAAUUCAAAGUUCCUUGAGCAAACUACCACCACCUACCUUCAACGAUGUGAUUUCAGAAGUUCAAGGAUUCGACAGUAAACUACAUUUGCUCCGAAUCAUAAAAGUCGUGGUGGUCGCUUCGGUCAGAACAAAGGCAGAGGAGGCUAUACAACACGAGGUUGGAUUCACUCAACACCAGUCCUCUCCUCAUGUUCAAGGCGAGAGACCUAUCUGUCAAAUAUGUGGUCGCAUUGGUCACACUGCCCUCAAAUGUUACAACAGGUUCGAUAACAACUAUCAAAGUGACGUCCCAACGCAAGCUUUUGCCUCUCUCCGGGUAUCUGAAGAAAAUGGUCGAGAGUGGCAUCCAGACUCAGCUGCAAUAGCCCACAUAACGUCAUCUACCUCUGGUCUUCAAGGCACCACCACUUACAAAGGAAAUGAUACGGUAAUGGUUGGGGAUGGAGCCUAUCUUCCCAUAACUCAUGUUGGUUCCACCACCAUAUCUUCAUCCAAAGGUACUAUUCCCAUUAAUGAGGUGUUAGUUUGUCCUGACAUCAAGAAAUCUCUGCUUUCUGUCUCCAAGUUAUGCGAUGACUAUCCCUGUGGUGUUUUCUUUGAUUCUAAUAAAGUGUACAUCAUCGAUUUAAACACUCAGAAGGUGGUGUCCAACGGUCCUCGUAAAGAAGGACUUUAUGUGCUGCAGAAUCAAGAGAUUGUGGCUUGUUUUUCAAAUCGACGAUGUGCAGCAAGCUUAGAAACUUGGCAUCAUCGUCUAGGACACUCAAACUCAAGAUCUCUGCAGCAUCUUCUAGCCUGCAAGGAAAUUCAAAUCAAUAAGAGCAGAACAUCUCCUGUUUGGUAG